AUCGCCGAGCGCCGACGUUGCUCGGGGUCUGGAUUUAUCGCUGUACCCUGGACGUCCGUUCGCCGUGAUAGUGGUAGGACAAGAUGCAAAACGGAAUCAAUUCGGUUUCGACGCGAUCGCUUUAAUUACGAGUGCCCGACGAAUAUGUGAAAGUAUCGGUUCUCGGUGGAUUUUCACCUGACCGUUACGAAACCGUCCAAAGCCGUCUUCCGAGUUCCUUAUCGGCCGGAUAAGAUUCCGAUUUCGGAAUGUUUCCUCUUACGAUUGAAUACGCUCUGACAGUUGGUUAAGCAAAAGGUUUCAGCCAGCCGAGCGAGGAGGAGAGCGUCCGAGAGAGAGAGAGAGAGAGGAAGAUCGAAGCCGAACGGCCGCCUUCAGCGAGUACCCGUGCGGAAAUCGAAGAAUCGCGCGAGCGACGCGAUCGGCGCAACGUGCGGCAUGAGCCCGGUAACCGAUCCCUCGUCCGUCGGCGGGUGAUGAGCUCCCGUGUGUCCAACUGGAGUUGGCCGAGCGACAUAGCCGCUUUAGAAUGGAACCUAAGGCCCUCCUGCGGUGCGUCACGGUAAUCGCGGUUGCGUCAGUCUGGACGAUUCGCAAAAGCGAGGCCUGGCCGUCCUCGCCAGGGCUUCGGGUGCGGCCGAUCGAGGAGCGGACCGACUAUGCCCGAGUCUUGGAACUCUCUUUGCUGUUCUACGAGGCCCAGCGAUCCGGAGAACUCCCAGCGAGCAACAGAGUUCCAUGGAGAGGCAAUUCCGCCAUGAACGACCGAGGCCUGGACGGCGAGGACCUCACCGGAGGUUACUACGACGCUGGCGACUUUGUCAAAUUCGGUUUCACGAUGGCCUCCACAACGACGCUCUUAGCUUGGGGUGCAGUCAGUUGGCCGGAAGCCUACGAACUUGCGGGACAGACGGAGAUGCUUCGAAAUGCGAUCAAAUGGGCAACGGAUUACUUCAUCAAGUGUCACGUCAGCGAGCUCGUCUUCUACGGUCAAGUUGGCGACUUCGCUUUGGACCAUACCUUCUGGGGCAGACCCGAAGAACUUAAUAUGACCAGACCAGCAUUUAAGAUCGACCCGGAACAUCCAGGUUCAGAUCUGGCAGGUGAAACGGCAGCAGCUCUUGCAGCUUCCAGCAUCGUUUUCAAGAAUACCGAACCAGCUUACAGUCUCGAAUGUCUUCGACAUGCCAGAGAACUUUACAAAUUCGCUAACACGUAUCGCGGUCUGUAUCACGAGGCCAUAAGAGGAGCUGCGCAGUAUUACGAGAGCACCGAUUAUGGGGACGAAUUGGCCUGGGCUGCAGCAUGGCUCUACAAGGCAACCAACGAUUCUAGGUAUCUAGAAGACGCAGAGCAUCACUAUCAGCAUUUUCAUCUUAAAGAAAGACCGAACGAGUUUUUCUAUAAUAAAAAAGUCGCUGGUGUGCAGGUUCUUUUAGCCCAAUUGACAGGACAGCCGGAAUACCAGAAUGCGGCUCAAGCCUUCUGUAACUUUUCUGUUAGGCAUCAGAAAAGAACCCCGAAGGGCUUGCUCUACAUAGACAAAUUUGGAACCCUUUGUCAUGCCGCGAAUGUGGCAUUCGUUUGCUUGCAAGCAGCAGAUUGCCCAGGAGUCGGUGAUCCCAAAGAAUAUCGUGAAUUUGCCGAACAACAAAUUCAGUAUAUGCUGGGAGGUGGAGGCAGAAGCUAUGUAGUCGGUUGGGGAGAGAAUCCUCCACAACAGCCUCAUCAUGCUGCAUCCUCUUGUCCGAAAAGACCGGCACCAUGUGGAUGGCCGGAAUUUGACCGAAAAGCGCCCAAUCCGCAAAUUCUCUUUGGUGCCCUCGUAUCGGGUCCCGAUGAAGCUGACAGAUUUCAGGACCACCGGGAAGAUUAUGUCUACACCGAGGUUACUCUUGAUUAUAAUGCCGGAUUCACCAGUGCAUUAGCUGGAAUACUCCAGUUGCGCGCGAAGUCCGCCAAAUAGUUACGAAAUUAGUAACGAUUUUCGAUUCGUUUUUCACGAUAUUGCCAGAAUUAUUCUGGAGCGGCUUGGCUUGAUUUGCCAUCAUGUAUGACUCUACAAAUUCAGGAUCACUUAGCCGAAAAAUAAAAUAUGACUCUAUUAAUUAAAGUAACCAAAAAUAAUGAUCAGCCAAAAAUACUAAAAAUACGAUACCAUAAAUCCAAACAGGUUCGUUAUAUUCCUUUUUCUAUAGAGUCCUAUGACGUUCUCUUAAAUAUACUUUUUUUUUAAUAAUACUUCGACGAGAAAUUUCAGUGACAACGCGAAAGCGCGUUUCACUGCUAUAACGAAGGAAAACAGGUUCAGAACGUUCCUUAUCUAAAGGAAAACUGUUAGAGAAUAAAUGGUUUUCCGGAUCUUCUGGUAUUUUAAAGUACCUCUAGAUUACUGAUAGCUCGUUCAUGACGAAAAAGGAAGUUUUACUUAUGCACUUUCUUUACUUGACGUACUUAUUAAUAAUUAUUUUUGCACGCGUUUUAAGAAGAGCAACGGAUGUGAUAAAGUUCGCGGAUUUUGAGUGCAAUUUUUAUUUUCCUUAAUAUUUAUUUAUUUUACACGUUAUCUUAGCUUGCGACAUUUGUACUUUUUAAUUUCGACAAAUAAUAUAGUUAUCUCUUUUAUCAGAUCAUUCGUGCCUUUUGUCGUUAAGAACGAGCUCAGUUUAAGUAUUUUUAUCUUUAUCAUAUUGUGGUCAUUCUACUUUUGAUACCACGCGUAAAAUUCAGAGUAGAAAAUUACAAACAUAAUACCACAGUGUUAUUACUGGCUGUGUAUUGUUUAUUUCCUAGAAUGUAGAAAGUAAUUUUUAAACGUAGCACUGUGAUUAUUAAGAAAUAGCCAUAAGAAUUCACAUCAACGGUGUAUGUUGUAUAAAUUUAAUGCGUCUCGCACUUGUAAUCGAAUGACAAUAAAUUUAUGAAGCGAC